AUGGGCUUUUGUAAUUAUUUUUCAAAGGCCUGCCUGAAAAAGUUUAUAAUUCCAAUACUAUCAAAGGAUCUAGAACUAUUUGGUGCUCUUUAUCAAUAUCAUAUUUCUAUUCACAUUGCUUUAGAGAAACAUCACCGCCAAGUUACUAUGCCUGCUGAGACAUCUCUUGCAUCCUGUCUGCUGCGUUCUCUUCAAAUUACGCCAGACCAAAAGCAAAGGCAAUUGCCCGUGACUGAUCGUUGCGAGAAACAGGUCACCAACGCUAGUGGUUCAGGUAGCAACUGCAGUCUUGGAAACAGCUUCUCUGGCUCAGUUGCCAGUGGAUCCUCGCCUGACAACGCCUUAUUCCCAUGUAAGCUUUGGAUGUAA